CUCCUGUACGAUAGCUGUGUGGUUCACAAACUGUUACUGAUGUUGUGCCUGGAGAAACUCAGCAAGGCUUCAGAGCCAAUCGUGUUGGGAAAAGAAGGAGUUUGGUGCUGGAAUAGAGCCCGGAAGGCAACAGUUGCUUCUCCCAACAUCUUAACCCCAGACAGGAUUCCAGAAUUCUGCAUCCCACCCAGAUUGAUUAGCUCCCACUCUGCAAGGGAUCCCAGCUCCCGCAUCCAGUCCUAUGCAGAGACCAACCUGUACCCUCAUUGUGAACCUGUUCACAACCCCAGCACACAGCUGCCACAUAUCCUCUCAACUGAAAUUGCUAAUAACUUCAUUUCAAUGGAAGAAAGCACCAACUCAGACCCACAGUCACAGGCAGCACUUUCCCUGCUCCAUUUCCCCAAGGUGCAGACCUCCUAUGGAUUCUGCACUUUGCUGGAGAGUCCCCAUACCCGAAGAAAGGAGAGUAUUUUCCACAGUGACCCAUGCAGCUGUUCUAUGUCCUGUCUACUGUUGCUUCCAAGUUCCAGAAUCUGCUGCAAAGGAGUAGAUUCCAGCAUCGUCAGCUCUACCGCCACCAGACUCCCUUCUAGGCAUCCACACCUGCCAAGACAAGACACUUGUGACUGUGAUACUGCUUCCUCCACUGACUCUUCCCCUUUCACCUCCUCACUUCUCAAAAGAUUCCUUCCCAGAUCCUGCUCUUUAUUUACAAUCCAGAGCCCAGAGGGACUGCUCUGCAGGGCUUUAAAGGCAGAAAGCAAAUCCAGAAUGCUAAGGGAGAACUUAUCCACAGAUGAAGACAGCUCCACAGACGACAGCCCCAAUCCCAAUAGACGGUCUUUGGCAAGUUUAUGCGAGUGCUCAAGCACACAAAGCUCUUCUGGGUCACAGUCACCCAUCUUUCCCCAGGAUUUUACUAAUGGCAGAGAGAGACUUAGAAAUGUGUGUACAGUGUUUCUUGAUAGAAGAGGAAUCUUGAGACUGUCCGCUGACUACUGUCCUGAAAGCAGAAGGCUUAGACUGUGUCUGAUAAGUGCUGAAGGCUUAUAUGAUGUAUUUAUGGAACCUAAAAGGAUUAACUGUUGCAUCACCAUCUCUCUUGUGCCAGGGAAAGUUCAGAAACAAAGAAGCACUGUUAUAAAGAGAAGCAGAAAUCCCAUCUUUAAUGAGGACUUCUUCUUUGAUAGUAUUUCUAAGGAUGAUCUUCACAGACGAUCAAUCAAGAUAAAAGCUGUGAAUAAAGCAUCUACUAUGAAGAGAGAUUAUAUUUUAGGUAAAAUUGAACUUUGUUUAUUGAAUAUGGUGCCUAUCUGAGGGGCACAGGAAAGCAAUAUAAGUCUAGUCUAUUUUGAGCUAGGUA